AGCUAAAACUCCUCCUAUUUUUUGUUUUUUGUCUACAAUAAAAGUCCCUGAAGGAAAUACUUGUGGUUCAUUGUCUGAGAUACAUAACCAUUUCUGUUCCUCAAUUCAUUCUCUUCCCUCACCUUACCUGCAGUAUUUGCCAUUUUUGCAAAGGGAUCAAAAGAGGUAGGAAUAGAAGGUUUGAGGACAUCACCUGUGCUUUGAUAGGGUUGAAAAUAGGAAUCCUGAACAGGUGAAUUCAGAAAGGAUCUUGUAGGCUACCUCAGGAUUUGGAUUUUGAUGCCUAGAAAUUGAACUUUCUUGCCUUAGGAGCCUUCUUAGUGUUUUGAUGGUGAUUGAAACCAUAUCAUAGAAAAGAGGCUUAAGGGAAAAGGGAGAGAAAAAAGUGGUUAAAGGCAAAGGAGCUUCUAGGAUACUGGAGGGUAAGGCUAUUGCUACAAGGCAAAGUAAACAAGCCUAUGGAGGAAAUAUCUUCUUCUAGUGUUGCAGUACCAUUUACACUGGGAACUUUGAUUCAAAAGGAGUCUGCAGUGAAGACUCACAUGGAGAUAACUGGGCUGAAGAUCAUGGCCAAUACAGCAGCAGCUUUGAUAUUAAAUCCUGCAGUGGAGCACCAAAUCACAGUAUCUGCUGAGGUAAAGGAAAAUCAAGGUGGGGAUGCAAUUGUCUCAGAAAUGGUUAUUGAAUGUGAGAGUAAUUGGAUCUUGAGUGAAAGCCAAAUCCAGCCUAUGAAAGAAGAUGAAUUGAUGUUGUCUGUGGAUUUUCAGUGUCCACAUGAUUCAAGCUUUCAAUCUGUGGCUGCAUCCUUGAAGACUGUUUAUUCUGAAAUCGAUUCACCAACGAUCAUCAAGUUUGAUGAUAACAUGAGUGGUAAGCCCUGUAUAAACAAGCCACUUCCAGCAUUAAAGCAAGAGCAGAACACAGUUUAUGUUGCAAUGGAUAUUGGGAGUGAAAAUCUAAGUGGAUCUGAGUCUGAUCCAAAAUUUUCUGCUAUGCUUCUUGAUCAGUUCCCAAAGGACAAUAAAACUGGGAACACAAGCUACCAGAAUGUUUCGGAAUUUAGUGGUGGUCCUCUAUGGGGUUUCUCAUCAAUUUGUGGAAAUAGACCGGAGAUGGAAGAUGCUGUUGCUGUCAAGCCUCAACUUUUUCAAGUCCCUUCACAGAUGCUAAUGGAUGAACAUGUGAAUGAAAACACAAAAUACUCACCAGCCCACUUUUUUGGUGUCUAUGAUGGACAUGGAGGCUUUCAGGUUGCUAAUUAUUGCCGGGAACGUCUUCAUUCGGUGUUGAUUGAGGAGAUAGAAGCUGCACAAUCAAGUUUGGCUGAAGCAAAUAGGAGAGAGUGUUGGCAGGAUCAUUGGAAGAAAGCACUCUCCAAUUGUUUUCAGAAAGUAGAUGACGAGGUUGGUGGUAUUGAUGCAGGUAGUAGGGGAAACAACAAUAGUGGAUCUGAAUCUGAGUCUAAUAUUGAACCUCUUGCUCCUGAGACUGCUGGCUCCACUGCAGUGGUUGCCAUUUUAAGUCAAACUCACAUAAUAAUUGCAAAUUGUGGGGAUUCAAGAGCAGUUUUGUAUCGCGGGAAAGAAGCACUGCCAUUAUCUAUUGACCACAAGCCGAACCGAGAGGAUGAACGAGAAAGGAUAGAAGCUGCAGGAGGAAGAGUCAUACAUUGGAAAGGAUACCGAGUUCUUGGUGUCUUGGCAAUGUCAAGGUCCAUAGGGGAUAGAUACUUGAAACCAUGGAUAAUUCCAGAUCCAGAAGUUACUAUCAUGCGUAGAGAGAAAAACGAUGAGCUCCUAAUUGUAGCAUGUGAUGGUUUAUGGGAUGUAAUGACAAAUGAAGAAGCCUGUGAUGUUGCGAGGAAACGAAUCCUUCUUUGGCACAAGAAGUAUGGCAACAAUGGAACAACAACAGGACAAGGUGAAGGGGUUGAUCCUGCUGCUCAGUCAGCUGCAGAGUAUCUAUCUAAACUAGCCCUCCACAGAGGAAGUGAUGAUAACAUCUCUAUAAUAGUGAUUGACUUGAAACCUCAAAGAAAAUUGAAGAGAAAGGCAUAAAAUAAUAUGUUUCUAGCAUGUUGGAACUUCAUCAUUUAUGCUAUUCAUUCACUGUUUGUAAUUUCAGUCAUUAGCACUGUUUAGCCCCCCAGUUUUAUACCAGGGCUAAGUAAGUUAUAUAUGUUGUCAACGGCACUCUUAAAGAGUUCCAAGCA